GGCUGCUGAGGCCGAGGGUGCCCCGUGUCUGCGGCUGUCGCGCCCGCCCACGCGCGGGUGCUCUCGCACAGUACAGCGCACCCGUGGAAAGCGCGUGGUUCUGUGGCGUUUACGUAGCACAGGGUUGUGCAGCCGUGACCACCGAUUUCGGGGUUUCUCACCCUCGCGAGGAAUUCCGUACCCGUUUGCGUCCCGUUCUCCCUCCCCCAGGUUCCCACCUUCUGUCUCUGGACGUGUCUGUCUCGGAGUUUAGUAUGAAUGGAAUCGUACGCUACGUGGCCUGGCGUGACCGGCAGCUUUCACCGGGAGGUGUCUAAAUCUGUGCACGCUGAAGCACGGGCCACCUUUUCACUGCUGGCCGCAUCAGGCUCCACGCGUUCUGUAUCUGUCGUCCACGGACGCUUGGGUUGUUUCCACGUCUUGGCCGUUGUGAGCAUUCGUGCACAAGUGUCCGUGUGGAUGGAGGUGUUCUGUUCUCUUGGGGACACAUCUGGGAGUGGAACUGUGGGUCCCAUGUGUGUGCACGGGUGAGCGCAGGGCCCGGUCUGAGGGUGGCACCUGCAGCCUGGGCCCCGCUAUGCCCGGGGAACUGGGGCUGAGUGGCCAGGAAAGGGUGGGGCCAGAAUGGCGGGCGUCGCCGUGGAGAAGCGGUUAUUUGCGGAACUUACGUGAAUUGAUUUGUGGUUCUAGUCUGGUGAGGCAUGAACAGGGUGGUCACGAGGCCGCCACGUCCAGGUUUAAAUUUCGUGGCACAGCUUCUGUGCACCCUGCCUCCUUGUCUGCGGACUCCCGUGUGUCCCUCCCUUUGCCACAGGCCUGGACCACCUGCCUGCCAGUCGUGACCUCCCGUUUGUGUUUUCUGAACGCGGAAAGCCGCGCACAGAUAUGCACACCCAAACGCGGGAGUACCAAGCGCGGAGGGCAGAGCGCCCUGUGCCGAGUCCCCCAAAUAACCACUAUUCACAAGUGUGGGGCCCGGCGAGUGACCCACUGGACAGAUGCCCUCGGGCUUGCUGACCCACUUUGUCUGCCGAGCGGCCGUCACACAAGAGCCGCUCCUCGGGUGACCACAGGAGAGCCCCGCUAUGACCUUCCUCACCUGGCAGGCUUCCUGUCCAGCUGGUUGCCCCGGAUGCCAUCGGAGAGGCACAGGCCUCUUUGGAAAAUGACCGCUCGGCCUCUCAGUACCGCCUGGUCCCGGGUCUGGAAACAUCUGGGUCCUGCCCGGCUGGAAAGAUGGGGCGUGACCCCCUGGAUCUCUGUCCUCGGCCGCGAGAAGGUGACCCACCGCUGGAAAUUCCCACGGCAAGUGUCGGUGUUGACAAGAGUCCCUGAGAAAAGUGGUGGCCAGGGGGCUGUGUGCCGAGCCCUCGAGGCCUUUCCCCUCGGGCUCUCCUUCUUCUACCCUCUGUCCUCUGCCGCGGCCUCCCUUCCCUCCACCUGUCCCCUCUGUGCGGCUGUCCCCUCGGCCUUCGAGCCGCUGGCGGGCCCUCCCAGGGCUGCUCUGUCCCCCAGCUCUGCACACCUCUCUCCUCCCUCCUCCUUGUCGCCUGCCUGGCUCUGGGUCACCCCCUUACUUGGUUCCAAGGAGCGAGCCCCAACUUGACCAUGAGGGUGCUCAGAGGGGGCGGAGUCGGCGGGCGCGUCUCUGGACAGGCGUCUCUUCAGGGAGCCUGAAUCCGUGACGUGAAAGUGUGAAGGGCUCUUCCACUCCGGCUCCCCGCUCCUGCGUGAGCGGACACAUCUCCAGACAGGGAGCCGUCAGGUUUCCUGCAGGAAAUUAAAGACCCGGGCACCGCGC